UGGAAAAGUUCAGCUUCGCGUUCGUCUCUCCUCCCCGUCAUCACCACCGCGACAAGCGCCAGUCGAUUGAUAUCCUCAAUUCGAUCUCCUUUGCAGAAUCAAUCGCCGACCAUGGCCCCCUCCCAGCUCCCCCCGAUCUUCAACCCUACCUCCCAGGACAUUGAGCAGCUCCUGGCUGCUCAGUGCCACCUGGGAUCCAAGAACCUCCAGUCCCACAUGGAGCCUUACCUCUGGAAGACUCGCCCCGACGGUGUCAACGUUAUCAACAUUGGCAAGACCUGGGAGAAGAUCGUCCUGGCCGCCCGUAUCAUCGCCGCCAUUGACAACCCGGCCGAUGUCUGUGUCAUCUCCGCUCGUCCCUACGGUCAGCGUGCUGUCCUGAAGUUCGCUUCCCACACCGGUGCCACCGCCAUCGCCGGUCGCUUCACCCCCGGUAACUUCACCAACUACAUCACCCGCUCUUUCAAGGAGCCCCGCCUCAUCAUCGUCACCGACCCCCGCACCGAUGCCCAGGCCAUCAAGGAGGCCAGCUACGUCAACAUCCCCGUGAUCGCUCUCUGCGACACUGACUCCCCCACCGACUUCGUUGACGUUGCCAUCCCCACCAACAACAAGGGUCGCCACGCCAUCGGUCUCGUCUGGUGGAUGCUUGCCCGUGAGGUCCUCCGCCUCCGCGGCACCAUCGCUUCCCGCGAGGUUGACUGGGACGUCGUUGUCGACCUGUACUUCUACCGUGACCCCGAGGCUGAGGAGAACAAGGAGAUUGCCGACGAGACCAAGGUUGCCAGCGCUGAGGAGGUUGGCCCCGCUGCCAUCGAGUCCGGCUACGCUGGUGACAACUGGGACACCGCCGGUGCCGGUGCUGGUGCUCCUGGCACUGCUUUCUCUGCUGCUACCGCUGCUGCUGGUACCAGCUGGGAGGCUGACGGUGCCGACUGGGCUGCCAGCUCUGCUGCCCCUGCUGGCGAGAGCUGGGCUGAGACCAAGCCCGCUGAGGGUAACUGGUAAAUCACUGAACCCGGUGACGUGGACGGUCGUUGAGAGGGGACCAUGAUUUACAUCUUCUUUUCCCACGAUGCAACUUGGCGGUUGAUGGGGAGCGACAAGUGAGAUGCUUCCUUGCGCAUUGGGGCUCCACUUGCAUUCUCCUCGGCAAUAGAAGAGGGAAAAGCAAUCCCUUGUCAUGUCUAUCCUAGUCUCAGUUCAGCAAUCUACCAAAAAAAACAAAAGCAAAGGAAGAAAAAAUUGAGGAAAA